AUGGCUUCCUCCCAAAACAACCAGGACACCGUCCAUCCAAGCAGCGACCCGUCCAUCUACCAUGAAUACGAGUCCAAAUGGUCAACGCUCCCCUCAGACUCGACUGGUUGGAUCCAACGCGCAAAAGAUGUGGCCGCAGUUCUUGCCCCCGACGCCGCCGCCCGUGAGAAAGCCAACAGGACUCCCCGUGCCGAAGUGGCUCUCCUCAAACACUCCGGCCUACUCAAGAUCCUUGGUCCAAAGGAGUACGGCGGCGGUGAACAGCCAUGGAGCGUGGCUUACCAGGCAAUUCGGGAAGUCGCCAAGGGUGAUGGCUCAAUCGGCAUGCUGCUAGGCUAUCACCUCCUCUGGGCAUUUUCCUCUUCCAUCCUCGGCACCCCCUCCCAAAUCACCAAAUGGACUGCACUCAUCACCUCACAAAACCUCUUCGUCGGCGGUGCCGUCAACCCGCGCGACAGCGACCUAGUCAUCACCACCGACCCGAACGACUCGGCCAACAUCAUCUUUAACGGCUCCAAACACUUCACCACCGGCGCGGCCGUCUCGGAUCUGAUCGUGCUUGAAGGCUCUCUCUCCUCCUCCUCUUUCCCCGAGUCUGGCGGCGAACACAUCUUCGCCUACGUACCCACCACCGACCCCGGCAUCACCUUUUCCUUCAACUGGGACGCCAUCGGUCUCCGGCUGACCGAAUCGGGCUCAGCGCAGAUCUCCAACUUUGUCGUCUCCUGGGAGGACGCGUUGGGCUGGGAUGCUUCCACCAAACAACCCCUGCCAGACGUCCUAGGCGUCCCCUUUGCCACUUUGUUGCUUCCCACUAUCCAACUGGUCUUCACCAACUUCUACCUCGGCAUCGCGCUCGCGGCUUUGGACCUAGCAGCUGCUUACACGCGCAAGAGCACACGGCCGUGGCCUUACCUUUCAGGCGGCGAGCGCGAAACCGUUGCUCCCGCCGAAAAGGCCACAGAUGAGUUUUAUAUUUUGUCCACGUACGGUACGCACCAUGCCCACUUGUUGGCGGCUACGGCGCUGGUUGAUCGGGCCAAUGAGCGGAUUUCUGGUCUUUUUGCUGCUUAUGCUGGUAAUCAUACCAGAGAUAACCGGGGGGAGGUGACGGCGCUGCAAAGGGGUGAGAUAAGCGAGCUGAUUGCGGCUGCAAAGAUUGUGGUGACGGAUGUCGGCCUUAAGGUGACAAGUGAUGUAUUUGAGGUGACAGGGUCAAGGGCGACGGCGAGUAAGGUCGGCUUGGAUCGAUUCUGGCGGGACUUGAGGACGCAUACGCUGCAUGAUCCGAUCGCGUAUAAGCGGAGGGAGGUUGGAAGAUGGGUGUUGUUGGGGGAGAUUCCGACGCCUACUUGGUAUACGUGA